CGACGUCGGCGGCGUCGAUGACGAUGGCGGCGACGAUAACAGGUUAUAACCUUCGAUUCCACCGUGAUCGAGGAUGCCUCUCGACAGGUCGACACAUCGAGGUAUCAUACGCGACUCUGAGAAAGCUACGCGACAGUGACUUGGAAAUAUCGGACGUGCGACUCGGUCCCGAUGACAUCGCGGGAAUCGAACAUCCGAGAGAACGAGCUGCGUUCACGGAACUCUACGAAGACAGCAAGGUCCUGGUCGAAAGCUUGAUCGCGCACGAGAAAGAGGAGAGGUCCCUCCUCGCGGAAAGCGACAAGUUGGAAGAAGUCGGAGCACAGUUGGAGAAGAUGUUCAACGACGAGACGAUCGCUAUCGAAGAGAAGAAGAAGCGUAUACUGAACGAACUAGCCGAGGAACAGAGAGACAUAGAGAAACUGAAAUUAAUUGCGGACGCGGAGUUGGAAUAUGUUACCGCCUGGGAAACAGCCAGAUACGAGCAGAACGUUCUGCGCGGUGAGAUGGAAAUAGAAAAGUUGGAAAGGAUAUUAAACGACCGGCGCGUUCGCGAAAAAAACGAGGAACGGGUCCACAACGAACUGACGAAAUUUCUAACCCGGGAAACAGCGUCGUUCGAGGAGAAAUCCAAGGAAUUGGAGGAACGAUACGUUCGAGAGAGAGCAAUGUACGAGAGGGAGAUUCGACGGCUACGUUGGGAGAUAAAAACGCGUCGAAAGGAAUUGGAGGAACUCGAAGUAGAGUAUCGCCACAACCAGGAAUUCAUAGACGCGUAUCUAACGGAAAAAGAAACGCUGAGAAAAGAGAAGGAGCAGAAAGAGCGCGCUCGAAGAAGCGCGAUCAGGAUUCAAGCUUGGUGGCGAGGCGUUAUGGUACGGCGAAAGUUGGGGCCGUAUCGACCCGAGGAAAAAAAGAAGAAGCGACCGACCAAGUCGAAGAAAUAACUCUUUCGUUUGGGUUACCCGUUAAUACUGCCGCGUGCAAACACGCGAGCCACCCCCUGUUCGGCCGAUCGCCGAAGGAACAAAUGUUUACUCUUUUCCGAAAGCACGGAUUCCCGUCGGUUUUUACAAAGUACAGUCAGCACGUUCGGAAUAAGAAAACGUAUCGUUCGAACUCGAUUUACUGGAAUGAACGAAAAGCAAGAGACGACGUUGGCGAACGGUUCGCACCGAGUCACGAUUCCUCUCGUUCCUGGCGCGAUACGAAACUGAAGAACGGUCACCAACCAAGUGUACGGUUCACGCAAGAACCUCGUUUCCCGUGGUGCACUUCCUGGGAUCCUGCGGUGUUCAGAAACGCCGCGCGGAACACCCUAAUAGCGAGCGUGGCUCGGCAUCGUCUGCUACAUGCGGCACGAAACACUUUGCACAUUGUCUAUACCUUCGUAGACUGUACCAUUACAAUAAUUGAAGGCUUUCGCCACCGUUCUCGGAGCUGACAUAUUUUAUUAACCAAGUAGAAGUUUGCGUUCCGCGCCAGGGUGAAGGUUCUCUUCCGGAAAGUUCUUGCUACGAAUUAGUCCCACGAAAGUAAACAACGGGACGAUGAUCGAGGUAACUUCGUCUUCGAAUCCGCGAUAUGUACCGUCGAAUUGCAUAUUUGCGACCUUUAAUGAUCUUACACGGUAGAAUAUUUAUCUCUUGAUGUAUCGGGUUGUCCGGAAAGUUCAUGCCUAUUUUCAAGAAAACUUCAAAGGCAUAUUUGAAUUUUCAUGUAUAUUUAGUGAAUUAUAUGUACAUUUUAUAUGUACCAUUUUGUUCCACAACCUUUCCACCUGUUAAGGAAUGUACACAUCUUAUUUGUUUUCAUCCAUUCUGAUAUAAUAUACAGACCUGUACCGCCUACUAAAAAUCGGCAUGAACUUUUCAGACAGCCCAAUAUGUGUAUGUAUAUCCUUGAUAUCUCCGGUUAUCAAUGCGUCUCUCUAUAAUUGUAUACGCAAGUACUGUAACGCACGAGCUCCAAUUAAAUGCAGGCAUAUUCAACAAAGACUCGUACCAAAGUAUCCUAAUCCACUGCUGUACAUUACGGAACAUUCUACGCAGAGGUAUUUACGAGAACGUAAAUGGAUACACCGUUGAAUGCAAGUGCACACUCGCUAGUCGCGUAAUGAAAAUUAAUUCCGAUCCGGUCACAGUGUCCGAGUAAGGAGCGUGCGACCGUACCAGACGACUGAAAAUCCUGCCCGAGGGCUCCAGUUUUUUCCUGACCGUCGCAUUGAAAACACGCGGGCUUGCACAGCUAGAUGCUCGUUUGAACAGUUUUUAGUUAUUUUGCUAGGUUCUCCUAGCGCGCGACCACGCAAAGCGCAACAUUGUCGGACGCGAUCCCGAUUGUUGUUCCCUGGCUCGAUCGUGCCAGAUAUUUUUACUGCGGUAAUCGGACAUUCUCUAUUCUAUUCUUUAUUAUUUUCUAUUUACCAAAAACCUCGAAAAUUACCCGGUGCAAAAAUAUCGGUACAUCGGUUAACACGUUCACUGCCAGAGAAAUAUUCUUGAAAAUUUCUGCUAGGAUUAAAUAUUAUUCAGACUAUCGGAGACCACGUGAUCAAACAUCUAUCGUGGUACUUGUUUUUGUAACUUAAAUUCGUU